AUGAUCCUUUCAAUUGCAGACCUAGAGGCUGCGGCCUCUGGUAAACUCCCUGAUGCAACCCAAGCAUUUUUCAACUCUGGCGCAACAAACCAGAUUACGGUCAAGGAAAAUAGUUCGGCAUUCUCAAAAUAUCGCAUCCGUCCUCGAGUGCUUCGCGAUGUGUCCAAUGUUCAAACUGAAAUUGAUAUUCUUGGCAAAAGCAUCACUUUUCCACUUUGUAUGUCACCGGCAGGAGUCCAAGCUAGGGCUCAUCCGGAAGGCGAGCUCGCUACUAGCAGGGCCUGCUCACAGAAGAACAUCCACAUGGGGGUGUCUUCCUUUGCAAACAAUUCCGUGGAAGAUAUUAUUUCUGCUGGAAGAAAUGUUGGUGGCCAAAUCAAUUACGGAAUGCAGCUCUAUACUAUGCAGGACCGUGAGGCAGAGAAAGAAAUUAUCGCGAGGGCCGAGGGGGCUGGUUGCAAGGCAAUCUUCUUGACCGCAGAUAGCCCAAUUUUGGGGCUUCGAUACCAUGAGAAGCGUUCAAAUUUCAAAAUAUUCGAUGGAAUUUCGUUCCCAAUGGUUGAGAAUGGAUGGGAAGACAAGAAAACCCAGUCUCAUGAUGAGCGAUUCAUUUCAUUCAACUCCGACUCUCAUUCCUGGGAUGAAAUCGCCUGGCUGCGAAGUGUUACCAAGAUGGAAAUUUGGAUCAAAGGUGUUUUGACUGCAGAGGAUGUUGAAAUGGCGAUCGAGAGCGGCUGUGACGGUGUGAUUGUGAGCAAUCACGGUGGCCGGCAGUUAGACGACGUGGUUCCUACAAUUGACGCUCUACCUGAGUGUGUUAAGGCUGCUCAAGGCAGAAUCAGAGUUCAUGUCGACGGAGGAAUUAGAUCAGGUGCUGAUAUCUUCAAAGCUUUAGCCCUUGGCGCCGAGUGUUGUUGGGUUGGUCGUCCCAUGCUCUGGGGCCUUGCGUAUGACGGUCAGAACGGCGUGGAACUGAUGAUUGAUAUCUUAUAUCAAGAGUUCAGGCGUUGCAUGCAAUUGGCUGGUUGUCGCACUGUUGCUGAUAUAACUCCAGAUCGCCUUGCAAGGAUUGGCAGCGACGGGUCUAUGUCAAGACUAUAG